AUGUAUAUUAGUAUUAAGUUAUAUAAAAAUGAACCCUAUAUUAUAAAGUGUUUUGAAUUCUCCUUAAUACUCUCGAUCGAUACCAAAGAAAGAGCAUUAAUUUGUUAGUAUUUAUAGAGUACCUACAAAAUACAAGGAUAAAUCAUGGUAGCCAUUUACAGAGAAAGAAAUAUCAGAAAAUUAAUAGAUGGAUUAAAUGAGAUUAAAAAUAAGAUAGAGACUACCAUCAAUAUAACAUUAAGAUUCAAGUGUUUCUCAUUAAUAAACGAUAACGAGAGAAUCAGAAAAAGAGAUGAAAAUAGAAAUUACUACAAAAGUGAUGUAUUAUUUUUAAGCAGAAUGACAGGACCUGAGAAUGCAUCAAAGUCUAAAAAAUAUAGAGAAAAAGAAAUAUAAUCUAGAUUAAUGCCAGGAGUUAAUUCACAUGAUGGACUUUAUGAUGAGAUGUAUGAAGAAGAUGAUAAUUGAUACUCUAAAUUAUAAUUAUUUAUAAAUAACAAUG